AUUUGUUUAUCUUUACAAUGUUUGUUAGUGUCAUCAUGUCUGAUGAAUGGGGAGUUGAUGAGUCACCUGUAGUAGUUGCACCUGAAGUUCAAGAUAUUAAACUGUUUGGAAAAUGGAGCACAGAUGAUGUGCAAGUCAGUGACAUCAGCUUAACUGACUACAUUGCAGUCAAAGAGAAGUAUGCCACUUAUCUUCCCCACACUGCUGGACGUUAUGCCUCCAAAAGGUUUAGGAAAGCACAGUGUCCCAUUGUGGAGCGACUGGCAAACUCCAUGAUGAUGCACGGCCGUAACAAUGGCAAGAAACUGAUGACUGUCAGAAUCGUCAAGCAUGCAUUUGAGAUCAUUCAUCUGCUGACAGGAGAAAAUCCUCUUCAGGUGCUAGUAAAUGCUAUAAUCAAUAGUGGCCCACGUGAGGACUCUACUCGUAUUGGGCGUGCAGGCACUGUGCGACGUCAAGCUGUGGAUGUGUCACCCCUGAGACGCGUCAAUCAGGCCAUGUGGCUGUUGUGCACUGGAGCUCGUGAGUCAGCCUUCAGAAACAUCAAGUCUAUUGCUGAGUGCCUUGCUGAUGAGCUGAUCAAUGCUGCUAAGGGUUCAUCAAACUCCUAUGCUAUCAAGAAGAAAGAUGAGUUGGAGCGUGUUGCCAAAUCCAACCGUUAAAUUAUCAACAUGACGAAACUACUCAAUAAAAUUUGUUUCUGAAUGAUA